CUGGCAGACAGAGAACGAAGCGCCACUACAAUCCGAACGAAUCCGUCCCGUGCUCUGGUCAUAAGGAAACUGUUUGAGCAUGCGCGUCUGCGUUAUGCGGCGGCCAAACCUCACCAGAUCUACGCCAUUCGCCAGGAUCUAUUAAGCCCUCGUCGUUUCUAUCAAGGAAACGUCGGAGAACAAUCGAAGAAGGUUGCUUUCGAUGAAAUUGAUGGCUUAAUUCGCCAAUGUUCUGGAUCUUUGUUUGGCCGGCUCAAGAGAUUAGGAGAUUGGAGAAAUAAGAUAUGUUUGACUUUUGCCCUAAUUUUUUUGCUUUCUCUAUUGUGGGAACCUCUUUUGAAUGAAAUUCAAUGCACUGAUCUAGACGAGAUCUUAACACAGAUCCAACUUCACUCCCAGUUAUUGCUUGAGAAAAUGGAUGAUAUCUCAAAGAAUGGCAGGAAGGUUGAUGAGAAGGCAGUUAAAGAGGUCAAGAUGGGACGUGGAUCCAAAACAAAGGCUGUGAUCUACUGCUGGGAGUAUUUAGAAAAUCUGAAAAUGGAUUAG